GAAACAACUAAAAUCAUGCGGGUCCCCCAUGCUGUGUCAAUGGCAGACUGCAUGGCAGCCUGUUGCAGUCUUUCUGACUGUGACUUGUCUUGGAUGUUUGAACAGCACUGCUAUAUUGUCAAUUGUCAACAUAAAGGAAACUGUGAGCCCAAGAAAAUGGAGAAGGUGAAGUCUUAUUUGACCUUUGUGCUGAGGCCUUUCCAGAGGCCAGCUGCGUUGCUGGGGUUUCAGCAGAUGCCAUCAAACGUGCUUCCCUCUAUGGCUGUGCAGGAUGACCCAUCAGAGGAAGUGCGUAGCCUAAAGGAAUUGUCUUUCCUGAGCAAAGAGCGUAGCCUUGAAGAGGUACCUGAGUACACAGAUGAAUAUGGGGAUAUGGAACAGAAUCCCUUUCAGCUGAACAUCAAGAAGGAGAAUGUUGAUGACUAUGCUGACUGGGGUCUAAUGGUCACCACAGAAAAUGGCUUCAAUUCUUCAGGAGGCCAGCAUGAAGAGCUGGGGGGGAGUGACGGGGAGAAAGUCGAUUUGAAAAGUCCCACAAAUGAAAUUGUAUCUGAGGUGAAAUCUGUCACUGAAUAUCCCAGAGAGUUGCCUGAAGGAACGUUGGGCCCGGUAAAGAAAGCACCUGCAAGUGACUUGGAUUUUCAGCCACCUAAAGAAGCUAAUAGCUCCAGGCAGGAAAAGGGUCUAACACCUUCCCGUAAUCCUCCUUCUUCAGACAUCACUGGAUUUCUCUCCACGCCUGCAGCACAAACACAAACAUUAGAUCUUGAUAGUCACAUAGAAGAUGAAAUCUCAUCAGUGCCCACCAGCAUUCUCACUACUGAGCCUUCUGCCACAGGUCAAGUACCAAUUCCCACUACUGCUGCAAAAGCAGUAAAAGAACUGUUGGUGUCAGCUGGAGAUAAUAUACAAAUAACUUUACCAGAAAAGGAAGUUGAACUGCAUGCCUUUGUAGUUACACCAUCACUUCCAGAAGCAUCCUAUAGUUAUGAGUGGAGCUUGAUCAGUCAUCCUGAUGACUAUGAUGGUGAAAUGGAGGGCAGGCAUACACAGACCGUGAAACUUUCUCAACUGCCAGUAGGUGUCUAUGUCUUCAAAGUGACCGUGUCUUCUGACGAUGCAUUCGGAGAAGGAUUUGUAAAUGUUACUGUCCAGCCAGCCAUCAGAAUAAAUCAGUCACCUGUUGCUGUUGUAUCUCCCAGAGUGCAGGAGAUUGUUUUCCCCGCAACGUCUGCUUUUGUUGAUGGGAAUCAAAGCGUGGAUGAUACCAAAAUAGUAAGUUAUCACUGGGAGGAAGUUGAAGGUCCUCUGAGGAAACAGAAAGUAUCUGCUGAUACAUCAGUUUUACAUCUGUCUGACCUUGUUCCUGGCAAUUACACCUUCAGGUUGACAGUCGUAGACUCUGAUGGAGCAGCAAACUCCACUACAACUGCUUUGAUAGUCAGCAAGCCCGUAGAUCAUCCACCUGUUGCCAGUGCAGGACCCAAUCAAGUCAUCAGUUUGCCUCAAAACUCUGUCACACUAAGUGGAAACCAGAGCUAUGAUGACCAUGAGAUUGUGAGCUACGAGUGGUCCCUGAGCCCUCAAAGUAAAGGCAAAGCGGUAGCAAUGCAGGGAAUGCAGACUCCAUACCUCCAGCUGUCUGCAAUGCAAGAAGGAAAUUAUACAUUCCAGCUGACUGUUACUGAUUCUGUGAAACAGCGGUCCACAGCUCAAGUCAUGGUGAUUGUGAGGCCUGAAAAUAGCCCUCCAAGAGCUGUGGCUUGUCCAGAUAAAGAGUUAACACUUCCUGUCCAGAGCACUAUUCUUGAUGGAAGCCAGAGUACUGAUGAUCUAGGCAUUGUUUAUUAUCACUGGGAGAAUAUCAGUGGGCCGACCUCUUUGCAAAUGGAUAACGUCGACAGUGCAGUCGCAACCAUUUCAGGUCUCCAGGCUGGAACAUAUCGCUUCAGACUGACAGUCAAAGACAAUCAAGGCCUCAGCAGCACCACAACGGUUUUUGUGACCGUAAAGGAAGAAAGCAACCACCCACCACAGGCAUAUGCAGGAGGCAAGCAUGUUCUUGUUCUUCCCAAUAAUUCUAUUGUUUUGGAUGGUUCACAGUCUACUGAUGACCAAGGAAUUGUUUCCUAUCUCUGGACUCGGGGUGGUCAGAGUCCAGCUGCAGGAGAUGUGAUACAUGGUUCAGACCACGAGGCAGUAUUGCAGGUAACCAAUCUUGUGGAAGGGAUCUAUACUUUUCACUUGAAAGUCACCGAUGGCAGAGGAGAUUCAGACACUGACACCGCUAUAGUGGAGGUGCAGCCUGACCCUAAGAAAAAUAGCCUAGUGGAACUGAUAUUGCAAGUUGGAGCUGGCCAGUUGACUGAGCAACAGAAAGGCACACUUGUGCGACAGCUUGCAGUGCUACUGAAUGUCUUAGAGUCAGACAUUAAAGUUCAGAAGAUACACGCCUAUUCUGAUAUCAGCACAGCUGUUGUGUUCUAUGUGCAGAAGGGGUAUCCUGUCAAAGUGAUAAAGGCUUCAGAUGUGGCACAGAGGCUCCGUUUGCAGCUCUUGAAAGAGAAGCCAGACUUCCUGCUUUUUAAGGUGCUUCGCAUUGACACGGCUGCUUGCCUUCUAAAAUGCUCUGGACACGGACAUUGUGACCCCAUCACUAAGCGUUGCAUUUGCUAUCAACUAUGGAUGGAAAAUUUGAUACAGUGGUACCUGAAUGAUGGAGAGAGUAAUUGUGAAUGGAGUAUACUCUAUGUAAUGGUGUCUGCUUUCAUUUUGAUGGUGCUGAUGGUGGGUUCAGUCUGGAUCUGCAUCUGUUGCUGCAAAAGCAGAAAGAGGACCAAAAUAAGGAAGAAAACAAAAUACACAAUUUUGGAUAACAUUGAUGACCAGGAGAGAAUGGAGCUUAGGCCCAAAUAUGGUAUAAAACACAGAAGUACCGAACACAAUUCCAGCCUGAUGGUGUCUGAAUCUGAAUUUGACAGUGACCAGGACACCAUCUUCAGCAGAGAGAACCCGAGGAAUCUCAAGAACGGUUCCCUUAAAAAUGGCGUCUCCUUCAGCUACAGCUCAAGGACAGAUAAAUAA